AUGGUGGCACCCAUGAGCCAUGGUAUCCCCAGCGCACUCACCAGCCCCGGUCGUCUCCAGAAGAUUGAUCAGCUGCGCGAGAAGAACGUGGGGAAGCACCUCCCACUGCCACAGCUCGUAGUUGUUGGCGAUCAAAGCUCCGGUAAAUCGUCAUUGCUGGAAACACUUACAGGAAUUCCUUUCCCCCGCGGACAGGAGCUCUGCACGCGAUACGCAACGCAAAUAUCCCACCGCCGCGAUGAUCUGGAGAGUAUCAAUAUCAGUAUCAUUCCUGGGCCGCAGGCAACACCGGCAGAGAAGUCACGACUUGAAGAAUAUCGGAAGUCCGUGAGGUCAACAACAGACCUUCAUGUCCAAUUCGAGGCUAUUUUAGACGAGGUCAACAUUCACAUGGGUGUCAAAACGGGUAAAAACCAGAAGGGCGAUAAAACUUUCAGUGAAGACGUACUGAAAAUCGAGAAGUGCGGCCCCGACGAGGACUAUCUCACCGUGAUCGACGUGCCGGGCAUAUUUCGCAAGAUAACAGAGGGAGUCACGACCGAGAGAGACAAAGAGCUGGUCAGCAACAUGGUCAAAGGCUAUAUUCGCGAUGACCGAACUAUUAUCUUGGCUGUCCUGCCAAGCAACGUUGACGUCACAACACAGGAGAUCCUGGCACUUGCGGAACAGUAUGACAGAACGGGAGAACGGACACUGGGAGUCCUUACCAAGCCCGAUCUUGUCACAGAACAUAGUGCCAAAGCGGUGGUCUGCAGCUUGGUGGAAGGAAAACGACACCCGCUGAACCUUGGCUACUAUGUGGUGAGAAAUCGAGGCGGUGAUGACAAAGGCUUUGAUGGGUCAAAUACUCAGCGACGCGAGGACCUAUUCAAAGAAGAGCCUUGGUGCAGACUUCCACCAGACCGUGUCGGAGUGUCCGCUUUGCGUGGACGCCUGCAAGAGCUCCUGGGACACAUAACCGACAGGGCAUUUCCCAAGCUUCGAAUAGAGACACGUCAGAUGCUGGCUGAGGCUCAACAAGAGCUAGACGAACUCGGUCAGUCCCGCCAGACAGAAAGGGAACAGCAGCAGUAUCUUGCCACGAUUGCAAGUACAUUUCAAAACAUGGCGCGAGCUGCUCUGGAUGCCGACUACUCCGCACAUCCGGCCUUGGCAAACGACGAACUCCGCCUCAUCACAUCCAUCAUCAACAUUACGGACAGGUUCAACUCUGACUUUGUGUCUUCAUCACAUACCCGCUGUUUCCAAUCCAUUAAGAGAUCUGAGUCCGACUCCGUAUCUGAGGCGGAGGAGUCAACGUGUGAUGUUGGCUCAGACGAAGACGAUGACGUGGGCAACCUGCAACUCCAGGGUGAAGACCUCUACGAAUUUCAAGUACCUGAUCCGAAGGAUUAUCCCGAGCUAGGAAGAAUUGUCACAACGGAACACACCUCGGAAAGCCCGGCGGAGAACGUUAUGGAAUGGAUCGAGAAUAUUUAUCGUCGGUCCCGUGGAGCUGAGCUGGGUACAUUUGGUCCCGGUCUGCUCUCCAGUACUUUCCGCGAGCAGUCAAAAAAAUGGGAUUCCAUGACCCAGAUUUACAUCAGCAAGGUCAUUACGAUUAUCCACAGGUUCAUUAUGAGCGCAUUGGGCGAAAUAUGCAUUGACAGCAGAGUCCGCGAGGAGCUCAUAUCAACUAUCAUGACAGAUCUCCUCGCCAGAUACGAGGUUGGCAUGAAACAAGGCAUGUUUCUCGUUGACGUGGAGAGAGACAGAAAGCCGUACACCCUUAACCAUUAUUUUAGCAGCCAUCUCCAACAAUCUCGUAGCCUUCGAGUUACAGAAAACUUUCGAUCAUUGGCUAAAGACAAAGACACUGACGUCGGCAAGCGAAAUGUUAUUGAGCUUGACCGUAUUCAGUCUGCGGUGAACGACAAGACUUACACUGAACAUGUGAAGGAGGACAUACACGACAUUCUCGAAGCCUACUACAAGAUUGCCCAUUAA